AUGGACUCGUCAGAUGAUAACUUUGUUUGGUCAGAUGCUUCAAGCAACCACGAUACUAAAAUGGAUUUGAAAAUAACGAAGGAAAACUAUGAUGAUGAGUCGGAAUCAGGAUACAGUUACAAGAAAAUAAUUCAAAAAGAGUUGUUUAAUUUUCGCCAAGAAAAUACUGGACUGGAAAUUAAUGAUUCAAAAAAAUCUAAAAAAAGAAAGAAUAUGGACUUAGAUAGCAGUUAUAAAGGAGAACCUCACAUACAAGAUGAAGAGUUUCUGAAUUUAAAGGUUAAAGAAGAACAAUUAUCUAUUGAAGAACAAUCACCUAAGCCAAAGUCAAAGAAAAAGAAAAAACAUAAAGAGAGUAUCCAUGAAAGUCUAGAUACUCAUUGCGGCCAGUCAGAAACAUUCACAAAUUCUACUUCACAGUGUGAAAAUAGUGAAAAUAUAUCCAGUGCAAAAGAAGAACUGCAAGACACAGAAAGUAAUAGAAUAAAAAAAAAGAAAGCAAAAAAAAAGAAAGAAAAAAUUGAUUCGGAAGAUAUGAUUGUUGAAGAAAAGUUUAGUGCAGAAGAAACCAUAAUAGAAGAAAGAGUGCCAAAUGGUCAUAUUGCAGGAAAUAAUAUAACAGACAGUCAGGAUAAAGCGAAAGAGAAUUAUGAUAAUUUAAAUAACACUAGCAUAUUAUAUGAAAGUAAUGAACAAAGUUUAGUUGAUGUAAAUAAAGAUGUUAUCAGCAACAUUGAUACAAGCAAAAAAAGAAAAACGAAAAGCAGUUUGUUAGGAAAUGUGACUUUUAAUGACGAAACAAUAAUAAGCUCUAGUAGUAUUAGCAAUAAAGAGUCUCAAAGAACUUCAAAAAUUUCUGACAGAAUAAGAUUUGAAGAUGAAGACAGUAUAGAUGUACACAGCCUAGACCAGAGUAAUAAAAUGAGUAGCAUAACACAUUCGACACAGUUGCAAAGUUAUAUCAAAAUGAAUCCCUACUUAAAAUAUAUUUCUCCAAAUUUUCAUAGUGAUUUUAUAAUCUCACAAGAUGAUGAGGUUUGGGUUCUGAAGUGCCCGCAUGAAAUUGAUAUAAAAAAUUUAAAGGAUACCAGUAUAUUGUUAGACAAUAAGUGCAAAUUUAAAGUAGGCAAUCAGACCUACGUGGGUUUGGUAGAAAACAGUAGUAAUAGAAUAGCUAUUUUAACUGUGGACAAAAAUGUACCUGUUAUAAAAAACAUACCUCUUAGUGGAACGGUUCAUUUUCACAAAAGGAUACCGAAGGCUCAUUUUAUUGAAGAUAAUAUCAUGGUGAACAAUCAAACAAAUUUCAUACCUUUACCAGAGAUUAAGUGCCGACAUCCUCUUUUUGGUACAAAUUAUAAGCAUGCCAUAAAACUUCCAAAACACAUCAUUCAGCGUCUCAAUCCUUCAGAGGUUGAACCAACACCAACUAGUAAUGAAAAAAGAAAAAAAAAGAUGAAAAAGAACAAAAAAGAAAACCUAUCUGACAAUGAACGAGAAAGUAAACCAGAUCCAGAAUCUUUGGAAGUACUUCAUAAGAAAAGAAAGCGCAAACAUUCAAAAGAUGGUGAAACAUCUCCAAAGUUAAUAAAACGAUUAAAACAUGAUCUAGACUCUGAUGAAAACGGGGAAUCUGAAAAGGCAAUAGAAAAGCAACUUUUUAGCUUUUAA